GCGGCGGUGCCAAGGACAGCGUGGGUGGAAAUUUCGCGGGUGGUAUUCCCAUAUCGACUCUGGAGGUCUCAUCAUAGGAGCUGGGGCAACGGCUGUCGCAGUAAUAGCGGCUUAUGUUGCCGCGAUAAAAGUGACGGGAACCGCCAGUGGUACUGGUACACAAGUAGUUUGAAGGAAUGCGAGGAUAGAAGACGCCCCUGCUCUGGGCCUUGUUCAUUGCCUGAUUGUCGCGGAAGUCGAGCACUGGAGGAGGGCCAUCUCGGAGUAAGGUUGGUGGCGCGCCAUUUCUCGAAGCGAGCCUUGACGCUCCGCACGGUUUGGAAACAUUUCGGAAGGACCCGGUACUCCAGCUCUUCCUCCUUUCCGACCCCCUCCUUGGCCCCCUCCGAUUCGCCGCCGGCAAAGCCCGGCGGUGCCAGCGUGGAGGAGGAGCCAGAGCCCCCCGGGGAGUCCGAAUGCUGCGGCAACGGGUGCGACGACUGCGUCUGGAUCGAGUACUGGGAGAGGCUGGAGGACUUCAAAGCCCGGCAGAAGGAGAGGGCGCAGGCUGCGCAGCAGGGUGUGGAGGAGCACGACUCGCGGCACCGCGAGGGGAGGGACGAAAGCCAAGGGGCAUAAGCACGCCGAGGGGACAGAUGCGGGUCUGGCCGGUCCCAUACGGGGAGGGAAGAUUGC